GCAUGUCUGCUUCAAACUGCAGUACUCCAAUAUUCUUAAUAUUUUUGUUUCUUCUCUUGGUCUACUUCUACACGCUAAAUCAUUCCAUCACAUUUUCCUCUAAUCCCAAAAUGUUACAUGAUAAUCACCAAGCAGCCCUCACUCAAGAAAAUCAUGUUACUCAUCAUGCUAAUAAGAAGAACAGUGUACAAAAAAUUGAAGAAGAUUUAGCGAGAGCAAGAGCAGCUAUAUGGCAAGCUAUUCAUUCGAGAAACUAUACUUCUUAUAAAGAAGAUCAGAAUUUCAUUCCAAGUGGAUCUAUCUACAGAAAUUCAUAUGCCUUUCACCAGAGUUAUAUAGAGAUGGUGAAGAGAUUUAAGGUAUGGACAUACAAGGAAGGAGAUUUACCAAUGGUACACAAUGGACCUGUGAAAGAGAUCUAUGCAAUAGAAGGUCAUUUUAUUGGUGAAAUGGAAAGUAAAGGAGAAAGACCUUUCUUGGCCUCCCAUCCUGAUGAAGCUCAUGCAUUCUUCAUACCAAUCAGUGUUGCAUAUAUUGUUCAAUGUCUUUUUAUUCCAGGCACUAAUCAUAUUUUCCAAGCAAAGCUACAAAGGGUGGUUGAGGAUUAUAUUCAUGUAAUUGCUAACAAGUACCCUUAUUGGAACAGAAGUAAUGGUGCUGAUCAUUUCAUUGUCUCUUGCCAUGACUGGGCACCACAAAUUUCCAGUGGAAAUCCAAAGCUCUUCAUGAACUUCAUCAGAGUGUUAUGCAAUGCCAAUAUCUCAGAAGGAUUCCAACCCGAAAGAGACAUUUCAUUGCCUGAGAUCUAUGGAUUAGCUAACACUCUUAAUCUUGUACCUCCGGACCUGGGCUUACACCCAACCAAUCGCCCAAUUCUUGCAUUCUUUGCUGGUGGAUCACAUGGCUACAUUAGACAAACUUUGCUUCAACACUGGAAAGGUAAAGACGAAGAAAUUCGAGUCCACGAGUACCUCCCGGUAGGUCAAAAUUACACAUAUUUAAUGGGUCAAACCAAGUUUUGUUUAGCUCCAAGUGGAUAUGAAGUUGCAAGUCCAAGAAUCACGGAAGCCAUUUAUGCAGGAUGUGUUCCUGUCAUAAUUUCAGACAAUUAUUCCUUGCCAUUUAGUGAUGUUCUUGAUUGGAGUCAAUUCUCAGUCAGUGUUCCUGUUGAAAAAAUUCAAGAAUUAAAGACAAUCUUGAAAGGAGUUUCUCGUGGCAAGUACUUGAAAAUGCAGAAAAGAGUGAGGAGAUUGCAAAGGCAUUUCAAGGUGCACCGACCAGCUCAGCCCUUUGAUGUAAUCUACACCCUACUUCACUCAGUGUGGUUAAAGAGACUCAAUCUUAGACUGGCUACUAAUUGAUCAAAAGCUUAUUUUAUGGAUGUUGUGCUCAGCAGAGAUGGAUGUAUAUUAAAUAACAAAUUUUUAUUUAGAGAGUGAUUUUACAAGAAAGA